CAGCGGUUUGUAUUAUGGGUGCAUGUUUCGCUACAAUUAUGUGAAAGAACUCUUGUUAGCAAAUCGGUAAAGUAACUGGUAUGCUCAAGUGGCAUCGGUAUUCAGGAGAAAGACGAAGAUCUUCCAAGAAGAAAGUCGCUGCCUACAAGGAAGAGUGGUUUCAACAAUGUACCUUUUGCUUGCAACCCAUCUUGCGCUGAAUACUAUCGUUUUUGCUGAUCUGCUCUUCGACUACCACCCGAUAACGGAGGUGAAUUCGUUUGUUGCUGAUAUAGCUCGCAAGCACUCCAACGUCGCGAAGCUUCAGACGCUUGGCCAGACGUGGAAAGGCCAUCCUAUCUGGGUAGUGAGCCUAAGCCUGAAGAGUAAGGAAGACAAUUACACUCCAAACGUCUACGUCAUCGCGAAUAUCCACGGAAAUAACGUUGUGACGCGGGAAGUCGCCCUGCACCUCAUCUCCUACAUGGCGCAGAACCAGAGGAGCGACCCUGACGUUGAGUGGCUGCUAAACAACGCACGUGUCCAUGUGGUGCCCGCGGUUAAUAUAGAUGGCUCUGACGCUUCUAUUCCGGGAGACUGUAUGGGCCUCGUUGGAAGUGAAAACACCAACGGCAUCAACUUGAACCAGAACUUCCCCGAAGUGUUCGACAGGACGACCACCAAGACGUACGAACCAGAGACAGCGUCCAUCAUGAGGCUCGAGCGAGCAUUUCCGGGAGUUAUCGCCUUGUAUCUUUUCGGAGGGUUCCUCGCUGUCAUGUACCCUUACGACGACGUGCCUGGAUUUCUAACCCACUCGCCACAGGGCAGCCCUACUCCGGACGACGACGUCUUCAAGCACUUGUCUACGGUCUACGCUUCGACUCACAACACCAUGCACCUAUCCGAAGUCUGUCCUGGAAAGUCCUACAAGCUGAAACGCGGCAUCAUCAAUGGAGCUAAUUUUUCCAAAGUGUCCGGUUCCGUGGCUGAUUACAGCUACGCUUAUGAAGGCGUCAUGGGUCUCAACGUUUACAUAGGAUGUUGCAAGUACGACUCUGCCAGUACGAUACAAAAGUAUUUCGAAGACAAUAAGACUCCAAUAUUGAAGACGCUACGCGAGGUUGGGCGAGGUGUACGGGGCACGAUAAUGAACCGGAAAUCCCAUCGUCUCGCUGGAGUCUUGCUUUGCAUCCACAACCGCACUAGCGGCUUUAGGACUAAUGCAAACGGGGAGUUCUGGAGAAUUCUUCUUCCAGGAUUUUAUACGUUGCUCAUAAGUGCCGAGGGAUACUUGCCUACCUCGGUCGAUUUUCAAGUGCAGAAAAAGGAGGUUACGACACUGGAAGUUAAAUUGUACACAGGGUAUUUCUACGAAGAGUAAACAUUUCGACCCAA